GAAGGAAAUUUUACGACAAGAAGUAUGAAAACCAUUAAGGUCAUCCCUGUGGACUCCUUUUUCCCCCUUUCUCUCCUGUCGUCAUUACUUCUGAGGGAUUUAAGGGGGAUAGUGAUCCUAGAAGAAUGUCAACUUCCGAAAGACAUUUUGGGAAAACAAAUACAAUUUGCAGACCAAGUAGCCUCAUUAAACACUACAGGGAAUCCCCAGCUUCCUCCAGAGAGUCAAGAUCCUUUACCAGAGCAAGACUUUGAAAUGUCACCAAGUAGCCCUACACUACUACUUCGCAAUAUAGAAAAACAGAGUGCACAGUUGACUGAGAUCAUCAAUAGUUUGAUUGCCCCUCUCAACUUGUCCCCAGCGUCAUCACCCCUCUCCUCUAAAUCCUGUAGCCAUAAAUGUCUGGCUAAUGGCAUUUCCAGGAGUGCUUCAGAGAAUUUAGAUGAGCUCUCUUCCUCCAGUAGCUGGUUACUUAACCAGAAGCACAGUAAGAAAAGGAGAAAAGACAGGACAAGAUUGAAAUCUACAUCCUUGACUAUUAUGAGUACAGCAGCUCGAACAAGGCCACUUCAGAGUUUCCACAAACGAAAACUCUACAGAUUGAGCCCUACUUUUUAUUGGACUCCACAGACUUUGCCUUCAAAAGAAACAAGGUUUUUAAAUACUACACAAAUGCCUUGCCUGCAAUCAGCUUCAAUUUGGAGUAGCUGUGAACACAAUUCAAAGUCUCAGAUACUAACAGAACAUGUAUCAGAGUUAGAUUCUUCUUUCCAUUCUGUUCUGUCAUUGCCAUCAGAUGUGCCUCUUCAUUUUCACUUUGAAACAUUGUUUAAAAAGACUGAAAUAAAAGGAGAUCUUGCUGAAAAUAAAUUUAUAGGAGACUGUAUCAUAUCUCCAUCACCUGGUAUGUCAUUUACAAAUCUUGUACUUUACUUUUUACAUCUUUCAUAUAGUUACUACUUUUGCUAAGGAAA